UUUAGUUUUCUGUGAACUAUAAUAUUAUUUGUUGUUUCAUUGUUUGCAUUUUACAAUCUGYUAUUGACAAAUAAUAUGUUUCUCGACUACAAAAUUUAGACAACGUGUACCAAUCAUAAAUUAUUUUAAUUGCCACGAACUUACAUUAAAUUAACCCAUUGCAGGAUGUUUAUAAAUUAACUGUAGUUGAAAGCUUCUAUCCAUUUUAAAUUAUCACGGUAAUGGGUAUUCUGACAAAUUAAAACGUUCAGUAAUACACAAUAAUUUUGGAAAAAAAGUUACUUUCCUCUUUUCAAGUAGCUUAAAGAAAUUAGUGUAUUUAGUAUAAUUUAAGCUUGACAGUAUUUAAUUGACAUGGAAAAUAGUAAUAAUGGUUUAAAUAAUUGUAGAAAAGUAGCCCUAAUCACAGGAAUUACUGGUCAGGAUGGAUCAUACCUAGCUGAGUUGUUGYUAGAUAAAGGAUAUGAAGUUCACGGUAUUAUUCGGCGUUCGAGCACAUUCAACACUGGUCGAAUUGAACAUCUCUACUUAGAUCCUAAAUCACAUUUGGAAGGUAAAAUGAAACUUCAUUAUGGUGACAUGACCGACAGUAGUUGUCUAGUGAGAAUUAUAGGAAUGGUGAAACCAACUGAAGUAUAUAAUUUAGCUGCUCAAAGUCAUGUUAAGGUUUCAUUUGAACUAAGUGAAUAUACAGCUGAAGUAGAUGGAGUUGGAACUCUCAGGUUACUAGAUGCCAUUAGAGCAUGUCACCUAGAAAACAAUGUACGUUUUUAUCAAGCUUCUACAUCAGAAUUAUAUGGAAAAGUUUUUGAAAUACCUCAAAAAGAAACUACUCCGUUUUAUCCUAGAUCUCCAUAUGCGUGUGCCAAAUUAUAUGCUUAUUGGAUUGUGACAAACUAUCGAGAAGCAUACAAUAUGUAUGCUUGCAAUGGAAUUCUGUUCAAUCAUGAAAGUCCAAGGAGAGGAGAAAACUUUGUAACUAGAAAAAUUACUAGAUCGGUAGCAAAAAUAGCAAUCGGUUCAUUGGAUUGUAUACAAUUAGGAAACUUAGACUCCAAACGAGACUGGGGUCAUGCCAAAGAUUAUGUUGAAGCAAUGUGGUUAAUGUUACAACAGGAUGUACCUCAAGAUUUUGUAAUUGCUACUGGUGAAAUGCACAGUAUUAGAGAAUUCGUAGAAAAAUCAUUCAAGCACAUUGGAAAAACAAUUAUUUGGGAAGGAACUGGGUUGAAUGAAGUGGGAAAAGAAGAAUCUACCAAUGUCAUACGUGUAAGAGUGAAUGCUAAAUAUUUUCGUCCAACCGAAGUUGAACUUCUAUUGGGCGACGCCACCAAAGCCAAAACCGUACUCGGAUGGGUCCCCAAAGUGAAUUUCGAGCAACUCGUCUACGACAUGAUGGAAGCCGAUUUGGCGCUUAUGAAGAAUAACCCAUUGGCCUAAACUCUCUUGCUCGUGCAAUAACUAUUUUAUAUUAUAAAACCUAAUACUUAAUGUAUGUAUAUUUGGUUCAUUGGUGGUUUUUAUUAUUGGAUACACAUGUUUUUUUUUUUAGAAGCUCAACCGUCUAUUAUUUUUUACGUUUAAAUGCAAUGUAUAAAUGUAUAAUUCAUAUAAUUUUUAAAUUCUUGGAUAGAGUUUGUCUUUGAACAUUCCGGGGUAGGCGUUGGCAAUGUUCUAUUAUAAGCGGAGGUUUAGGAUACAUAAGUGGAUAUAAGUAGAUACCAAUUACGAUACAAUGAAUUAUAUGAAUAUUGUGAACGGAUUUUAUAUGUGUUAAAACUUAGUAUGGCGUUUGACACUUUGACUCUACGCCAUCUUUUGUUUAUUUUUGUUGUUUUUUGAAAUGAUUUUUUACACAUACGUACUAAAAAUGUGUUGAUGUAAAACUUAAAAACCAUGCCUAAUUUAUUGCAUUUCGUACGUUGGUGGUUGGUGUAUUUAUUUUGUAUUUAAUUGUAUGCCAACGGUUUGAUAAUUUUGUAUAUUAUAAUCAUUUUAAACUGUUUUUAAACAAUCCAAUAUUAAUUUAUGGAUAUACAAGACAGCUACUAGUGGUCUCCAAAAACUUUUUUUUAAAUUAAAAUAUUUUCAAGAGUAAAUAUUGAUUAUACUACGGUUAUGAUGUUAUGAAAGGAGGCAGUGGUUACCUGCUUAUUACGAUUUUUAGUUUAUAACACUUGAAAAUUAAUAACUAAUUACUGAAGUAAUUUUUAUCUUACAAUAAUAUUAUAAUWAUUAUUCUAUAAUAUUGUGUGUGGCACGCAACCAAAGAUAUACCUAUUAAAG